CCUGCUCCUCCCCUCCUGCCUUAUUAUCCUCAGACUCGGAGCAGCGCUCCUUCGUCCUCGCCAAGUGAUGCUCCUCGUCUGCCCGCAUCACCUACAUCACUGGUUUAUCACAGCGCGCUCCAGGUACGGCUGCUCCGGCUCGUUUUGUUUUUUCUUUUCUCUACUGAAAACAAGCACUGAAGAACGAGUGAUGGGAAUUUAACCAGGUUUCCGUGAGAGAGCAAGAGAGCUGGAGGAGGGUAGGAGGACGAAGAAGCACGCAAGUCCCAUCCGAGAGAAGAGGAGGGGGAAGAGGAGGAGUAGUGGAGACCGGAGAGACGGUCCCGCCGGGACAGGGGGGAGAGCGGCGGAGGAUUGUGUGCUUUACAUAGUUUGCAAUGGACUCAGCACGCUGCUGUGUGCGGGCGGGUUGUUGGGAAUCAGCUCAGUGGAUGUAAGGGAAGAGCUUCUUGGAGUUGCGGUCGGUCGUUCUUCGCCUUUCCGUUUGCGAUGGAGUGAGAAAGACCGCGCGCACGGCAACUUCAUACCAGCCAUGAAAUCUGUGUUUUUCAGCCGUUUCUUCAUCCUGCUGCCCUGGGUCCUCAUCGUCAUCAUUAUGAUUGAUAUCGACAGUAAAAGAACGAUCCGGGCUCCAGCAGCCGGUCGGACCGGCAAGACGCAGCGAGCCGUCCGAACCGGCGCACCGGGGAUUGGUGGCUCUCAGAACCAGUCCGCCCUGCCGAUUAUCUACGCCAUCACUCCCACUUACGGCCGUCCUGUGCAGAAAGCGGAGCUCACCCGACUGUCCCACGCCUUCCGUCAGGUGCCCCGCUUCCACUGGAUCGUAGUGGAGGACUCGACUGCGCGCACGGAGCUGGUUGCGCGGUUCUUGGCCCGGUGCGGGGUGCCGUAUACCCACCUACAUGUGUUCACUCCCCGGAGGUUCAAGCGCGCCGGGAUGCCACGCGCCACCGAACAGAGGAAUGCGGCUCUGACUUGGCUCCGGCAACACCGGAGCAGGCGGGACUCCGGUGUGGUUUUCUUCGCGGAUGAUGACAACACGUACAGCCUGGAGCUGUUUGAGGAGAUGCGUAGUACUCGAGGUGUAUCCAUUUGGCCUGUGGGAUUUGUGGGUGGCAGAGCAUAUGAGCGCCCCCUGGUGUCUGGGGGUAAAGUUGUGGGCUGGUACACUGGCUGGAGGCCAGACCGACCUUUUGCCACCGACAUGGCAGGAUUUGCAGUGAAUCUUCAGAUGAUCCUGGCGAACCCGCGGGCACAGUUCAAACGGCGAGGCUCCCAGCCGGGGAUGCAGGAAUCCGACUUCCUCAAGCAGAUCACCAAGGUCACUGACUUGGAGCCCAAGGCGAACAACUGCACACGGGUGCUGGUUUGGCACACUCGCACAGAGAAACCACAUCUCGCAAACGAGCCCAAACAUCGAAAGGACACCGUCGCCAUCGAGGUGUGAUCGGGGCUGCCCGUCAUCUCUUGGCUGAGACUUCCAGCAGCACUCUGCUUUCCUCUGCCUUUCGGGUUAAUACAAUCUGCUGGUGAUGGACAGAGUCUCUGAGGAGCUGCAUGAUUCAAGACUCCUUGCUGUCUUUCAAACAUGCUCUGUGAGAACUGGAUAGCACCAAAUACCUUUUACAAACUGGAAUGACCUAGACUGUUCAUUUCCUCGCAUCCACAGCCUGCUGAUGUAAAAAGUAAAUGUUACUAGAAAUGUAACAUAUCGUGUUGCUGAACUGAAAAGUGCCAUGUGAGACGCAUCGAAUCAUUGAUAUGUUUUUUUUAAUUAACAAUUCUGUGUCCUAAUUAAAACCAUGAAAUUGUGAUAGAAUUGCUAAAAGAAGAAAAGGCUUGUGUGCCGGAUGUGAGGCAUACUGCUAAGGUUUCCUAGUGUGAAAGGAAUGUUUAACAUUUUUGUAGGGAUGCACUGAUACCAACACCAGUAUUGUUUACCCGUUUGAUUCUGUGUUCAUGUAGCUACUCUGAUAACAGCUGUCACACAAUGCUAACCUCUCCUCUAGGAGUUGGCUCUCCCACUAGUUUGUGAAGUCCUGUUCCCAAAACUUUGAGUUCGGUGUUAUGACUGUCAUCAGCAUUUUUGAAACCAGACAUCAAAAGCACAGCUGUGAAACUGAAGGACACUACAUGUUUAUAGGGUAGCUGCUUUUCAGUCCGCAAGUAAGCCCACCCUAAAGCAUAUUCUACUUUAUUGUUCUUGUGGACACUUAUUGGGACUAAAAUUUGCAAAAUAAGAAUUGUGUUGUGUUCAUUAGGAUUUAAAAUGUGUGAUUGAGAUCAUAAACUCAUCAGGAACGUUGUUACUGUGGAUUAAGGCCUUUCUAGGCUGCCACAGGGCGAGAGGAAGAGGACACCCUUGGUAGUCUAUUGAAGACUCAAUUAGAAACAGCAACAGAGGCAGCAAGACAACAUACCCAGUCACUGCCCAAAGUCUGCAAAUCCAAAUGAUAUCAGAUGGCCUUAAAGGAACAUCAGUUUGAUGAUACAGAGCCAACUGAGCAUUCAUGUUACAGGAAACAUUUAUUUGAAUUCUGUAAUUAAGUAUCUCUGUUCUUAGUAUUGGCAAGUACCCUAAUGUAAGUUUGAUUGAAAAAAAAGAAGAAGGUAUUUGUGGAUCCCUACAGUUUUGGAAACAUGAUUGUUUACUGGUACCAAUUUCACACCCAUGCCAAAAACUGGCAUCAGAAGGCUUUCAACAUAAAAUUAGCUUAGCGUGAAGACUGGAAGGUAAAAUAUAAUUAUUUAAAAAAAUAACCCCAGUAAUGACCCUAAACACCUCCACACAUCCCGUGUUGAAUUUUUGCUCAUUGUUAGCUAAACAGAGCAGAAACGGCUAUCCUGAUCCUAAGGAAUCUGGCCUAAUAUCUUGCUAGCAUUCUAGCAAGAUUACAGUCUUUGCUAUAAAAUGCAACAUAACCCACUACAAUUUAAUUAAAAAAAAUUCUAGAGAUAAUGUAGUAACUAGCUUCAAAUGUGUUUGUAGAGGCAUCUUUGAACUUUAAUUAGGGGCAGGCAAUUAGCUUUCCUUCUCUGGUAGUUUUUAUGCUAAGCUAGGCUCCAACUCUGUAAUUAAUAAAACAUUUUUUCCAACCUCACUCUUGGAAACUGAAGAAAGUGUAUUUCUUAAAUUACUGGGACAUUACUAUUCUUCCCAUAAUUCCCCUGAAAAAUUUGGGUGUGUUUAAAAAAAAACAAAACAGUUUGAAUCCUUUUCAUCAAAGUUUUAGCUCAGAUUUCACAGUAAUGUCAGUUCGACUGCUGGCUGUGAAAUGCCAAUCAGAUUCUGUCAGGAACAGCCGCCCCUGGUCUUCUUUGUUUAAAUUAAAUCACAUGAAUGUCUCAAAGUUAAUGCUGUUAAGGUUGAUUGAUGCCUAAAUACUAUUUAAUUAUUAGAAUGAGCUGAUCAUAUAAACCUAAUGAAGUGACAACAUGCGUUUUCUCCUCCGUGUAUAUGAGGAAUGUAAUGAAGUUUGGAAGUGGCCCACAUCAAGUAACAACACUCCUGACAAGCAGCCAUCAAUAAUUUAGCAUCUGUGAGCUGACAACAAAGGAAACCCAUCUGUCAGCAGAGAAGGAAAAAGAAAUGGAGAAGCUGGUAUAUAAGCGGUACAACACAGGCGGCCACUUUGACUGUUCUAAUGUGCAAAGAGCUCUUUUCCAGACAGCAGUAUUGUCCUGAGCACUGAAGUUUAGAGGGGACUGUAUGUACAGUUGUGUUUGAUGUACACACAAGAAAUAAAAACAAGCCUUAUUA